GCUGCGCGCCCGGCUGCUGCGAGAGGACCGGGAGGCGCGGGAGGCGCGUCCGACCCGGAGAGGAGGUUGUGGCGGCGGUCGCGGCCGGCGACAUGGACAACGCGGGGAAGGAGCGAGAGGCGGUGCAACUGAUGGCGGAGGCCGAGAAGCGAGUCAAGGCCUCCCACUCCUUUCUCCGAGGGCUCUUUGGAGGAAACACAAGAAUAGAAGAAGCUUGUGAAAUGUAUACCAGAGCUGCAAAUAUGUUCAAGAUGGCUAAGAAUUGGAGUGCUGCAGGAAAUGCGUUUUGUCAGGCAGCCAAGCUCCAUAUGCAGCUGCAGAGCAAACACGACUCCGCCACCAGCUUUGUGGAUGCUGGGAACGCCUACAAGAAGGCAGACCCCCAAGAGGCUAUCAACUGCUUAAAUGCAGCCAUCGACAUUUACACAGACAUGGGAAGGUUCACGAUCGCGGCCAAGCACCACAUCACCAUCGCGGAGAUCUACGAGACGGAGCUGGUGGACAUCGAGAAGGUGUGCGGACGGGGGGAGGCGGCGGUCAGGGUCACGUGGAGACCUCGGGCUGGGGCGGAGGGGGAGAGCCCUGCCACCUCCCCGGCUGCCUCCCUCCAACUGGGGACGGCGUCUGUGUAA